UUUAAAGGGGCUGGAAUAAAGGAGUAAGGAGUCUGCGGACCUGAAACAAAAGCUAGUUUUGGCUGCCCGCGGGAGCGCUUAAACUGCCGCUCAGCGUGGAGGCGAAAGCGCAGCCCGUCGCGCCAGGGAAAGGCGGGUCAAAGCCGCCUUUAGAUCGAAGCGGCCGGACUGAGUGCCAACGGGGAAAAUCUACCUUGCCUGGGCCCUUUCCAACGCCCUCCUUGGCCAGUCCUUCAGAAGUUUCGCAUCCUAAGUACAAAAGCUACAUAUAUUAUAAUUAAAAGAAUAAUUAUACCAUGGCUACAGGAGACCUGAAAGGAAACUUGCAUAAGAUAGAACAAAAACUUCGAGUUAUAAAUUAUCCUAGCGAUGUGGAUUAUAUGGGGUUGGCAAAGGGUGAUCCAUCUGUAUUUUUACCAAUCAUUAGCUACUGUUUCACAUCAUUCUCAACAUAUAUUGCAGAGCUUGUAAUGGAAUCUGGGCUGGAACUUACAGCAAAGAAUGAUUCACGUUUUGUUGAUGCUAUGUAUAAGCUUCUUCGUGAUCAAUUUCAGUACAAACCAGUCCUGUCAAAACAGCAGUUCCUUCAAUAUGGCUUUGCAGAAAGAAAAAUACAGAUUGUUUGUGAUAUUAUUAGUUACAUUUAUAAAAGGCACAAAGAAUUCAGUAACAUGAAUAAGGUAAAAACCCAAACAGAAAAGAGAACCCAUUUGAUUAAAUCUCUAUCCCACACAAGUUUUUCUAAUCAGUCUGUUACUGUAGCUAACAGUACUGUGGAUUUGCAGCAGAAACCUCAAAUAGAACGUCAUAAAAGUGUGACUAACAAGCAUAUCCCUGAAGAUUUCAUCAGUGAAACACUGCAGGAAGUGAAAGAUUGUGUUGUAAAUAAGGUUGAAGUUUUGGGCUGUGACACUGAUGUCUUGGAUAAUAUAAAUGUAAAG